CACAACGAUUAUUUUCCAAAACAUACAAAUAGUGAUUGACGAAGAUUCUGAAGGUGUUGCGAUCAAGUUUGAUGAACAAGACGUUUGAAGUAAGUUUCAAUAAUGACAUGCAAUCUCUUUCAUCGCAUUUAUUUUUCAUAUUAAUUCAAUGAGCUUCUACCACAACACAGCGCAGACAUUGUCGUCAGGAUGAGUGCCAGAAUUUUAAAAGAUCCUGCUACAGCGUCCAGCCGUAUAUUUGUGGGCCACUUGCAAACAGACGAUGUUACAAAACUGGAAUUGGAGGAACAUUUCGCCAAAUAUGGCACUGUUAUAGCGUCAGUAUUAAACAGAGGCUUUGGAUUUGUACAAUUUGAAGAAGAGCAAUCUGCGCAAAAAGCUAUUCAAAAUGAAAAUGGUGCAAUGUUUAAAGGCAGACGUAUAGAUGUCAGACCAGCGAAAAAAGAUAAUCAAUCUAGCGGUGGGAAUGCAGGAAACGCGAAACAAAUGGGUGGACCAAAUAAUAAAUUUAAUUCCAUGAAUAAUCAAUUUAAUAAUUCAAAUGAAUCAUUUGGUACAAAUAAACCAAAUUAUAUAGGUGGAAUGAAUCAGAGUUUUGGGAAUGAUAAUACUUUUGGUAAUAACCAAAAGGACUUGAAUGUUCAAAGAAGUGGAAAUAGUCAUUUUGACGAUGGAAAUCAGACUGGAAAUAGUGACAAUGAUCAGUUUAAUGGGAAACAUAAUAAUAAUAAUGGAAACGAUCAUUUUAAUAAUUCCACUCAAAAUUGUGGAAAUAAUCAAUUUAAUAUGAAUAAUCCAAAUCGUGGAAAUAGUCAAUCAUUUAGUGGCGGUCAUGGCAAUCAAAAUAGAGCUAACAAUCAAUUUGGAAAUAACCAAAUAGGAAAUCAGAAUAGGCCUGGAGGAAUGCAAAAUCGAAAUCAGACUAAUCCAGGCAAUAACCAAAACCAAAAUGCUGGUGGGAUAGCAAUGAAUCCUAGUGGUGUUCACAGAGCACGCGGGACGAGAGGUGGAAAGAAUAGAAAUAAAAAUAAUCAGAAUCAGAACAACCCAAAUACAAAUAAUUUCAGAGAUCGAAGUCCAAUUAAUAGAAAUAAUCGAAUGGAAGAUAAAACAAAUAGAGACUGGGAUCACAAACAAGGAGAUAGACUACGUGGCAACAACUUUGUCAGAGAUUCAUUUAAUGACAAUGGAAAUCGUUUCGACGAGUUUAAGGCUUCUGGAAGAGAGACAAAUGCAAAUUUUGGAAAUACUAGUGGAUCAUCUGAUUAUCUUGCCAUUGCAGCUGAAAAGAAUGACUGUGAAAUUAUUGUCGUUAAUAAAGCGCUAACGAAGUAUGCAGAAGAUAUUGAAUUACGUUUGAAGCAAAUUGGUUUAAUGGUAGAUUUGUUGUUUCCAAAUGAAGACGUUCCUUUAAGUCGUGUUUUAGGAAAUAUAGCAAGUCGUGGCUGUUUGUACGCUGUAGUUGUUACACCUAUCAAUCAUGAACAUCGUUCCUUAACACUGAAUAUUUUACAUGGUUUGCCACAAGAACACAGAAAUAUGCCUGUCGAAGAUGCUAUAAAUUUGAUUUCACGAGAUUUCGCGAAUUAUAAAGCUGGUGGUCGCUCGGUUCCUUUGAAUACGCCUCUUGCGAGCGAGCGUCAUCCGGAUGUUAUACAAGUUCUUCUCAAUAUGUUGGCUGAUAACCAUCAACUGACAGUCUUGCAAUAUGACCGUGUCAUAAAAUAUCUCGAUAUGAAGCGCGAGGAACAAGUACAAGUGGAACUGGGUGAUGCUAAAGAUUUACCAGUGAAAACAUCACUUACGUCAGUCAGCGAUCCGAAACAAGCUGAAUUACAAACGAGAAUAUUGAAUAUCUUAAAUAACAGUAAAAGUGGAUCGACAACGGUGGAGCCCACUCCAGUUCCACCACCGAUUUCAGCACCGACUCCUGUACCACCAGCUAAUUGGGGAGCAGCAUCAAAUGCAGUGACACCAUCUACAACAACCUCUUCUACAGGAGUUACACCAUCACCCCUUCUGAACGAUCCGACGGUUCAGAAAGCUCUUGAUAGUCUUUUACAAGGUAAUAUACUGAAAAAUAUUGGCGAUCAACAACCACCACCCGCAACAACCGGAGCGCCAUUAUUUGCUGCUUUUCCCAAUAUCAGCAGAUUUUAACUACCAUAUAAAUUUUAUUACGCGAUCUUGUAAGUUUUAAAAGUUCUUUAUACUUUUCUGAAUUUAUUCAGUGCUAAAUAUACAAACGGAAACGCAGCGAAAUGGAAAUGUAGAAACAGCAUCACGAACAUAAUAAUUAUUUUAGUACAUUGUAUAUUAACUGUGUAAAAUGAUGAAUUCUCAAAAUGUGAAAUUUAUAAUAAUCUUAAAAGCACAGCAAUUAUGAUUCAAAUAUUCACGUAAUUACUGUUAAUGUAUGGUUACUGCCUACUGUAUGGUAUAUAUCGUUGAUAAUAUAUUUCUCUAAAUAGUAA